CGCGUUUUCACUCUAGUGGGCGACGCCCAGAACAACUAAUGGGGGGGGGGGGGGUAAAAAUCACAAAUCUUAUCCUAUUUCUUAUUUCCAUUCGAGCAGGCGCUCCCCCUCAUCGACCAGCAGCGAGAUCCCUCCUCAUGGUUGGCGCGCGACUUGAGAUGUUUGAGAUUGUGGAAAAGGGUUGUAUGUGUACGUAUAUACGGUAUAUGAAUGGAUGAAUAAUGAUAUGACGACUUGGGUUUUUGUGGAAUAUAACUUAUCUAUCAUAUUUUUUUUUCAACGUUUAAUCUCGCCUAGGAAACGACUAAUCAGUCUGGACGCUGGGCGGUGCCUCCUUGCCUAGAUAGCGCCUAACAUCUUCUUGAACAUUGAUUUUUAUAUGGUGCCUUCUACGGUACCCCGGGUGAAAUCCGGGGUACCGCAUGCCUUGAGUUUGAAAUGCUAUCUAUACUUCGAAUUAGCAGGAUUUUUGGGCAUGAUACAAUACCCUAACUCUUAAUGACUGAACACUAGGUCCUAAUUAUCUAAAUCAGAAACUAUAAACCCUAAGAUGGUGCAUUGAUUUUUUGCCUAUAUUUGGACGAAUCACAACCGUCGAUUAUUGUUUCUAAUUAAAUUGAUCUUAGGGUAUAUGAUUUAGAUAAUUAGGACCUAGAUUUGUGGACAAUGACCCAUCCGACAACCACCCUAAUUUUAUGGGCCACAAACACUUAUUAAUCGAGUUAUAAUUUUAGAGAUUGGAGUUCAUCUAACAGAGGUUAUGAUAUAGUAUCAUGCUCCAAACUUCAGUAAAUUCGUUGUUUAAAUAGUAAAACUCGACGAGAAUAAGAUAGUGUGAACGUAAAUAUAUAUAUAGAUUAUUAUUAUAGGGAUCUCCUACAGUAACUUGAGUAUAAUUUUAAGUUAGGUAACGUGCAUAGAUCUAAACCGUUAAAAUUGACAAAAAUUAUUUUAACCCAUUGAUUAAAGAAAUAAAAAAUAAGUAUAAAAAUAAAUGGCAACAUGGGUUGCCGGUCACCACAUUCCUAAGUUACCUUUGUUAUUUUUUUCUUUCCUUUUUCACAUUUAGUUGUCUUUCCAUAUUUUAACCUUUCCUUUUUUAAUUCUUAUUGAAUUAGAAGCGUUACGUAAGGCUUCCGUAAUAACUUAGCUCUUUACGUAACACGACGUUAAUACUCAUUACGUAAAGAGACCUUCUAUUACGUAAGGCUUCCGUAAUGACUUAGCACUUUACGUAACGCAAAGUUAAUACUCAUUACGUAAAAAGACCCUCCAUUACGUAAAUGUUACGGAACGAUAGUUAUUUCUUACGUAACAGUUAAAUCGGUAGCGUAACGUAAGGCUUCCGGAAUGACUUAGCAUUUUACGUAACGCGAGGUUAAUACUCAUUAUGUAAAGACACAUUCUAUUACGUAAGGCUUCCGUAAUGAUCUUUUACAACAGUUACAUAAGAUUAUCAUAUGUUACGUAACCAUUACGUAAUGCCUAUUAUAUUUUACGUAAUACGACCUGUGAAACCUACCGUAGCAGAUAAAAAAAUUCAAGUUACCUUACUUCAAGUUACAGUAGGAAAUCCCAUUAUUAUAUUAAGGGGUAGUGGUAAGUGGUUUAAUUUUGCUAUAUAUAGAAGCGGGAUGCUUUCUUGCAGAGCCCAAACGUGGUAGUGGUUGGUUCUAGCCCAAAGAAGAAAGAAAAAAAAGAGCAAGAGAUUAGGUUAUAUAUGGCUGCUACUAAAAGCGCCCAUCCAUGGAAGAAUUACCACCCAACUGUGUGGGGAGACUUCUUCAUAACCCAAGUCGUCCCUGCAACUGAUGAGGUGGUGAACGGCUGGAAUGAAGAAAUUGAAGUCUUGAAGUCGAAUAUAAAGAAGAAGCUAUCAUAUCCAUUAAUCAAACAUGUGCUGGAAAGGUUGAGGCUCGUCGACGCGGCGCAGCGAUUAGGCGUUGGUUAUCACUUUGAGAAAGAAAUAGAACAAGUUCUCCAACAAGUUUAUGAUGAAAAUAAAAACAUUUACAACAUUCAUGACGAUAACGAUCUCAACACUGUUGCACUUCGUUUCAGACUGCUGAGGCAACACGGUUAUAAUACGUCAUGUGAUGUGUUCAACAAGUUCAAAACUGGAGAAGGGUUCAAGAAAGAGUUAACGGACGACAUUGAAGGCAUGUUGAAUCUAUAUGAAGCUGCGUACUUGAGGACACGGGAAGAAAGCAUAUUAGGCGAAGCUAUCGAGUUCACCACUGCACACCUAAGAGCCAAAGUUGCAGAGAUGGAAACCCACGUUGCUGAAAGAGUCACCCGUGCUCUGGAAAGGCCUCUUCUCAAAGUCGUGGAAAGGGUUGAACACCUGUACUUCACCUCUUCUGCCUAUGUACAUCUCGAGGGCCACGAUCCAGUCCUCCUCAAGCUGGCCAAGUUGAACUUCAAUGUGUUGCAGCACUUGUAUCAGGAUGAACUGCGCCCACUCACUGAGUGGUGGAUUAAGCUGGAUACACCAGCGAAGCUGCCUUAUGCUCGAGACAAGCUCGUGGAGACCUACUUCUGGGCUUUAGGAGGAUGCUAUUGGGAGCCCAAACACUCCCUAGCCAUACACUUCGCUACCAAAAUCACUCUCAUCGGAACUCUACUGGAUGACACAUACGAUAUUCACGGUACCAUUGAAGAUCUCGACCUAUUCACUGCUGCCAUCGAAAGGUGGGAUACGAGCGCGAAAGGGCUGAAAGAUUAUAUGAUCGUCCUUCUCGACGCACUGGUUGGCAUUCAUGACGAAAUCGAGGCAGUCACUUGCAAAGAAGGAAGGCCAUGGUGUUUGGACUACAUGAAAAGAGGGCUCAGUAAUGUAGCAAGGUUGUACAUGGAAGAAGAAAGGGUUUCCCAGUCCAACAAAGGUUUUGUGCCGACGCUAGAGGAGUACAGGCAUCUUUCUUCCUUGACCACUUGUUUCGAAUGGAUAGCUUUCUCCGUCCUCUGCGGAUUGGGCGAAUCGGUUCCGAGGAGUAACUUCGAAUGGUUAGCUUCUUCGCCCGAAAUUUUAAUCGCUUCGACCGACAUAUGUCGCCUCCAAGAUGACCUUGCCGACAACAUGAAAGAGCGAGAACUGGAAUAUUUCGCGUCGUCUGUGGAAUGUUACAUGAAGCAGUACCGCGUGUCGAGACAGGAGGCGGUGGAUGGAUUGAAGGAGAUUGUGGAAGAGGACUGGAUGAUAAUGAACGAGGAGUUGUUGACGAAUGUACCUUCUCAUAUUUGUAAACAACUUCCUCUGGUGUUCCUUAAUCUUGUGCGAUUUAUGGAUACAAUCUACAAGGAUUUUGAUGGCUACACACACUCCAGCACCAGGACCAAGGAUAUUCUCAUGGCUCUUCUUGUUACUCCCAUGGCCGUGUAAUUUCCUUUGAAAUGUUUUUGUACCUUGUGUAUCCCGUUUCGUUUCGUUUCAUUGGUUUAUUUCAGCUGGGUUCGAGUCAAAACAAUAACGAAUAAAUGUAAUGCUCUGGUUAAAUCUUUUAUCCACUUUGAAUAAGUUAUCUUUUUAAUUCAAAUGUCGCGUUCGUGAUCUUCUAUUUUUAGCAAGUUGGAUAUAUAUGGCAAAUUAUCGAGGCUGACUGCUGACUGCUGAUGACGAAAUAUCAUCAAUACUCAAUAGGAGUAGUGAGAUGUUAUUGUCGGCGGCUGCAAUAAGAUCUUUUAAAAUCAUUGUAAACUAACUAUUUAAUUAAAUAACUCACAUUAUAAUUUAGAGAAAUGUCAUCUUCCAGAGACACCCAAUGAUUCAGGAAAAUGUCCCGAAAAUAAAUCAUAUAUAUAUGGUGGCGUAUUCGGUACACCCACUUUUUCGGGUGCACCCGCCUCAUAAUUGUUAUUAUGACCAUGCGAUUCAUGUGAAAACGGUAUCAAUUGUUGCUUAUGAUAUUAUGAACAAGAAGCACAUGGAUUUUAAAAAAAUUCAUUCAAAAUUUACUUUAAUUCGAAGGAUUUAGGAUUUAGGGAAUUAGGGUUAGGGUUUAGGUUUACAGUUUGGGAUUUUGGGUUGGGAUUCAAAAUUUAAGGUUAAGGGGUUAUGGUAAUGGAUUGAUUUGUUAUGAUUAUAUGUCAUAUUAUCAUAUUAUAUUGAGAGUACUAAUUAAAGUUUAAAAUUUGAUGUAUUAUAGACGCUUUUGUACACCCAAAAAAGUGAGUGCACCGAAGUAGCCACCAUAUAUAUAUCAUGCUAACAGGAUACUGUUGUCAAAAACCUUUCAAUUUCACAAGAGAUCAUAAUGCUAAACUCAUUAACUAAACGGAUCUCUCACAAGUCACCAGUUAGAGCACAACAGCCACCACGCUCUUAGUUCUAAUUUUGCCAUCUCUCUAGUCAUCAUUCAUCAGUUAGAGCACAAUCCCACCUACUAGGAAUAACCCAACAAUAAAUUGUCCCCCUCCUUCGGCCCAAACUCGGACUCAUCGCGAUAUUUCAAACUUUUUUUUACAAAAGAUAAUCACAUAUUGAUCCAGAAAAACAGAUAGUUACACCCUGUAAUGCAGUCAGGUCUGAAAAUCAAAAUAACGACACGUAGUCGGAUACAAAGAAAGGGUCUUUCGAGCCACUAAAUUGGCUACCCUAUUGCUACGCUGACAUACAAAUCACACACUAACCCUGGAUAAUUGGCAAAGUACCGAACAACUUCUUCAAGAAUAGCACCCAUCCGACUGUCGCUAGUAUCCGCAUGGAUGAUCUUCUCAAUAAUCACAUUCGCAUCACCCUCAAACCGCAUUUUCGUGAAACCAUGAGUAAUGCACCAAACGAGAGCUUCACGAAGAAUGAGUAAUUCCACCACCAUUGGAUCCUCAAUCAACAUGAACUGCAUCUCAUUGGUAUAAAGGACCUCCCGCACGUGAUUAAGGAUCAAUGCAGUUAAAAUCGCGUUUCAAAACUUAAAAACUUACGAUUUUACCUUUUCGGGUCACCAAAACGCUUCUACGUAGAAUCAUGAUUUUUUCUUACAAAUGUAGUCAAAAUCUAUGCUUUAAAACUUAAAAGCUUACGGUUUUACGCUUCUAGGUCACCCAACCGCUUCUAGGUAGAAUCGCGCUUUUGACUGCAUUGUUAAGGAUAAUGAUCCCUCUAGGCGAGUGAGAGCCCCUCCUGGUUGCACCAUCCCACAUACAAACACCAUAACUUGUCUCUGCAGGACUCAAUUACUGCACCUGUGGGGCAGGAGGAUGGGGAACUUGUUCCAUCGGCAAAUUGACCCACUCCUCGUAUUGCUGGUUAAGUUGGAGCAUCAAGGCAGGGAUCCCGAACUAUUUACCCUAAAAAACCACCCAGUUUUGAGACCGCCAAAUUCACCAAAGUACCAUGACAACUUUCAGGAAUAACGAUGGUUAGCGAAU